AUGGUGACGACGGAAGAGACGAGGAAAUCAUCAGAGUCUCCUGCUCCGACGUCGUUUUCUUCGUUACCGUACGAUGUCACUCUCAAUAUUUUGGCUCGUAUCACGAGACUGCAUCGUCGAACCUUAUCUCUUGUCUCCAAGAAUUUUGGAUCACUGGUAGCUUCGCGUGAGCUCCACGUCACACGAACCCUAAUCGGAAAAACCGAGAACUACAUGUAUGUCUGUUUAAAAACUCGAAAAAACUCAGAACCUCGCUGGUUCAUGCUUGCAUCAACUCCCAACCAACAGAAAUUGAUACCAAUCCCUCCGUUUCCUUACGAAUAUCCCGAAUCCCCAACAAUCGUCUCAGUUGAUUCAGAGAUUUACCUAAUCGGCGGAUUCCUAAAGGACGAGAGACGCAGAAAAGUGUUUCUCCUCGAUUGCCAGUCUCAUCAAUGGCAUACACUUCCCGAAAUGCGAAUACCUCGAGGAAAAUCAGCCGCUGAAGUAAUCAACAGUAAAAUCUAUGUGAUUGGAGGCUGCAAGUCAGACAAAAUCGAGAAUUGGGGUGAGGUUUAUGACCUAAAGACGCAAACUUGGGAGCAAUUAUCAUCGUCCACAACAAUGCAUCUCCCAACUCAAAAGAGUACGGUUCCUGGUGGAUUGGUAAUUGGUGGAAAACUUUAUGGCAUGGAUGGUUUGAAGUUUAACUUUCUCAAGGAUAUUUGCUUGGUAGAGAUAGAGAGUAACGUGUUUUGCCAAAUAUCUGUUUACAAUGGGAAAGUAACUUGGUGUGAUGCAAAUAAAGAUGUGUGGAGAAAUGUUACGGGACUUGAAGGACUAUAUAUUCCUAAUCGUUUCGUUUCGGUGGCAAACUUGUGCGGAGGAAGAAGAGUGACAGUUUGGUGGAAAAAAGAGAAGUUUCUCAGUGUAGGUUGGGAAACAGAGAUUUGGUGUGCAGAGGUUUCGUUUGAGAGACAUGGUGUUGAAGAGCUUCAGGGAGUCGUAGAAUGGUCUAAAAGUGUGUUCACCUUUGACGGAUGUGAUUUUUGUUUUGAUUUCUUUUUGAAUUAUGCUAUUCUCAAUUUGGCUUUUAUUUAG